AUGUCCAAUGCGCAGGUCGAGGAGGAACUGGUCAAUCGAACGCGGUGGUACGAGCAGGAAACAGCAACCAUCAAGAACGAGCUGUCGUAUGCCGGCCUCACGCAGUCUCGCAUGAUUCCCACCAUCGUCUCUACUCUCAAGACUCUGAGCUCCUCGGCUUCUAUCCUAGGAGUCGAAGAGUGCGAGGUCAGCUCCAUGGUAUCGGCAUACAGCGAGAUCGAACGGGAGAUGGCGAAGUUGCGCCAGAUCAAGACUCGAAAGGAUGCAGAGGCUGCCAGCAUGGAGAGGAAGACAGAGGGGAUGAUGGAGGUGCUCAGUGAGGUGCGAUCCAUCCGGGAGCGGUUGGUUGAGAGGGAGAAGCAGGAGCAGCAGGAGAAUGUCUGCAAGCAGCGCGACAUGGAGAUCCUGGAGAAGAAGUCCAUACAGUAUAGGAACGAGAUUGCGCGGCUCAAGGCCGAGCUCAAGAAGAAUAACGUCUCCGAUCAGAUUUACCAUCCCCGCCUCGUCCAUGAAUCCAACACGGUGAAGGCACUGCACGACCAGCUGCACCCGCUGCGCAAGAAGAUGGAGGGAUAUCAUGGGCUGCCGACAGACAUGUACCUGGCGAAGCAGCAGGUGCGGGUUGCGAGGGCGAGGCUGGAGACUGUGGAUCAGGAGUUGCAAGACAGCAUAACCAACGUUGUGAUCGGUCAGUGA